AAAGAAAAAACAAGAAAAACACAAUAUUAAUGCAGUUAAUCAACAAUAUUGACUGAUAAGUAUUUCAUGAACAGUCUGAUAUUGUUGUAAAAUGUAUUUAGUUACAAUUUGCACAGUUUCUCUGAUGAUGUCUUUAGUAUCAUUAGGAUUACUGCAAAAUGACAGAUGAAUAAUUUGAUAGUGUUCCCGUGUUUAUUGUGUUCCCGAAAUGGCAUGUUGUCAAAGUUAUUCACCCGAUUAUUUUGCCAUAAAUGAUAUUUUAUCCAGCGAAGAACGUAUAACUUGCAAAGUUGAAGUCGAACUACCGGGAUUAGGUUUUCUGGAUAAUUCCUCAACAUCCACUAAUUUGAACGUUGGGAUAAAAGUGGAAUUCCCAUUAUGGUUAGCAGAAGCUCUAAAAAAUUUACAGAACCCUGUAGUUAGUGUUGAUAUACCAAAAAUAUUCAAGGAAGGAUAUAGGGAAAUUUUGGAGGCAGACGCAGAAGUUAUUGUUUUAAACAAAUGGAACCCUUAUUUUUACGAAUUAGGCAUGCAUGUGAUAAAAUUAGGUGACAGAGAAACAGAACAAAUAACAGAGAGUUUGUUGCAGACAUUUAAAUCCCGUUUUCGAUUAAUUAUGGACUGGGCCCAUAAUCCAGUAUCAGACCCAACACAAGGAAAUCAACUUCCACGACUUGAAAGAGAUAUUUUUUUAAAUGGAAGAAGAGCUAAAAUCCGACUGCUAGAAUGGUUAAAGAUGGGCACUAAUAGUAUACUUCCGUCCGAAAUUACAGCGAAUUUGAAGAAGCGGAAAAGAGCAGAUUAUGAACUCGAAUGACAAUUUUUUUUCUUUUUCGUUUACAUGAGCACGAAUAUGUAAACGUAUUUUUAAUGAAUUAAUUAUUUGAUGAUUUAUAAUGAAAUGGAAGAAUGUAUGAAAUCUUAUAUCGAACUAUUUUUGCACAAAAUAUUGAAUGUUCUCAAUAAAAUAAUAAGACAGCAUCUUGACAGAAAAA